AGGCAAUCGAACACGGUCGGAGUAGAGGCUCCAACAACAGUCGUGACGUCAAGAAAAUCAGCAGCAGCAGCAGCAGUGCAUGGACUGAGUUUUCGGCAACCAUUUUGGCGAUCAACACCAUCAGACGACUUCUACAUUUAUUGGUACCGACUAAAGGACAGUCUCAUCUAUAGCGGGCGGUCGAGACGGCCGGAUUAUCAGCCAUUGUAUCAAUCGUUGUUGACGACAACAAUAGCGGCGGUGGUAACAACAUAGUGUACAUACUGAAACAGCAAUUCCGCAGGAAAACCGCAUUGCCAGGCAUUCGCUUGGCCUGUGUGCCUCGUUGCUGUAUCGAGCCCGUAGUGCCGCCCGGAGUGUAUAGCACCAAUGCGAAUGGCGGCUCGCGGAACUUAAUGGGUUAGCAGCGCCCUUUGACCCUCUGCAGGAUGUAGGCAGAGGCAAAAUCGAAGCUAGUUUUGGCGACGACCACAAUGAAGGCAGUAAUGACAACGCGUUCGUAAGCACAAGUGUUCAAAUGUCACAUUGCUAUUUUUUUGCUAUAAUUACAAGGAUAAUGACGACUGCUAGUACGACUAUGAUACAAUUAAGGACCAGCAAACGAAAAAAUGCUCAGGCCCAAUAUAUGGUUAUGUCCACCUGUUAUGACCACGUAUUCGACUCAACACAAUCGUCACCAUAUCAGUGCGACUAGCGUGGCCGCUUUUCAGUGUGACGAAUAGUGAAAAUUCGGCAACGGCAGUAGUAAGACAAUAGCAUCAUGCGCGAAGAGACCGAGAAGAAUCCAGAGUUAGUCAACAAGACGCGUAUGUCUGUCGGCCAAAGGUAGUCCAGGUGUCAGCCGGGGAGUGUGUAGAGCUCUUUGUAAUCAGUAAGUCGUCGCGAUGGAUCCACAUCCGCAGGUCGAGGAUGCCGUCACGAACGCGGUGCCUAAAGGGUAUAUGUCAACGUACGCUGCGUAUGGGGCGCUCGCUGCAACUCGACUGGCUGGUCUUGCGUUGCAGUACAUGUUCCCCAGUAGGAAGCCGGUGAUUCCUAUGGUAGACCUGAACAAUCAGUCUCGCGAAAUCAUCAGCGUCGGAGAACGCAUUCGCACAACCCGUCUAGUACCGCCAAACGAAAAGGUCAAUUACCUCUUCGAGGACGCGCGGACGCUUCAUGACGUGAUGUUCCGUGGGGCCCGAGUGUCCAAAAACGGUCGUUGUCUUGGCUAUCGGGAACCUGGGGCUGCAGAGUUCACCUGGAUGUAUUAUAACGAGGUACUGAAUCGCAAUCGGAGUUUCGCAUGCGGUAUGCUAGCUAUCGGUGUCCUGCCGGGAAAUGAAACGCUCAUCGGCCUCUUCGCCAGCAACUCUGCUGAAUGCGUUAUUACUGAAAUGGGGUGCUACUAUUUCUCUAUGGUUUUGGUACCACUGUAUGACUCGAUGGGCAUAGAUUCAGUCUACUACAUUAUUAAGCAGGCGCAAAUCGAGACGGCGAUCUGCGACACGGUCGAGCGGGCCAAUGUUCUUUUGGACCUGAGGAAAGGGGGUCCUGUUCUCCGACGGAUCAUAGUAAUAAAACCUAUCACAGACGAACUUCGACUAAAAGCUUGCGAACUUCACGUUGAGCUCUUCCAGUUUACUCAGGUUGAGGCGAUUGGGGAGAAAAGUCUCAAGCACUCAAUUGCACCGCACGAAGAUCAGUUGGCUGUCAUCUGCUAUACGUCCGGUACGACGGGAAGCCCCAAAGGUGUUAUGCUAACUCAUAGAAGCAUUGUGGCCAAUCUGAGCGCUGUCAUGUUCCAGAUGGGCGAAUGGGCUCCGACUGGGGAAGACACAAUGUUGAGUUUCCUGCCUUUAGCCCACAUGUUCGAACGUUGCUGCGAGAUGGCAGUGUACAUGGUUGGCGGCAGCGUUGGAUUCUAUUCGGGAGAUAUACGUGGUCUCACGGAAGACAUGCAGAUUCUGAAACCCACAAUUGCUCCGAUGGUUCCACGGUUGUUGAAUCGUAUUCACGAUAACGUCAUGGCAGCCGCUUCAGGAUCGAAAGUGGCCGCGUUUAUACUCAAUCAGGCGCUGAAGGCUAAGCAAAACGAAGUGAACAAUUACUUGAUACGCAAUAAUCACCCUGUUUGGGACCGCUUCAUUUUUAGCAAAAUCCAAAAAAAGCUAGGGGGCCGUAUUCGCCUCUUUGUGGUUGGUUCUGCUCCAUUGGCGGCAAACGUGCUAAAUGUAGUCCGUUGCGCCCUCGGCUGUAUCAUUGUUGAGGGAUACGGUCAGACGGAAUGUACGGCUCCAUGUACCUUAACGUUACCUGGAGAUACCCGCGCCGGCCAUGUUGGGCCGCCCAUCGGCUGCUGUGAGGUGAAGGUGGUCGAUGUUCCCGAAAUGAACUAUUAUGCUUGCAAUGGCGAAGGGGAAAUUUGCGUUAAAGGAACAUCGCUAUUCCAAGGAUACUUUAAGGAUCCGGACCGAACACGAGAAGCCGUGGAUGCGAACGGAUGGUUGCAUACGGGCGAUAUUGGCAAAUGGCUUGACAAUGGCACUUUGAAAAUUAUCGAUCGGCUGAAGCACAUGUUCAAGUUGUCGCAGGGUGAAUACAUAGCUCCUGAAAAAAUUGAAAACAUAUUAGUUCGAUCAGCAUUUAUCAUGCAGAUCUUCGUACAUGGCGACAGUUUAAAAUCAUCACUUGUUGCUGUGGUUGUACCUGAUCCCGAAUAUCUGCUCAUAUGGGCACGACAGAACCGCAUCGAAGGCACAUACGAGGAGCUGUGCUUCAACAAAGUGGUAAAGAAGUCUGUCCUCGAUGAUCUUCUGUUGACGGGCAAGAAGAAUGACUUGAAGACUUUUGAGCUGAUGAAGGACCUCUACCUGGAAAGUGAGCCUUUCUCGGUGGAGAACGGGCUUCUUACUCCAACACUGAAGACGAAGCGAACAGAGUGCAGGACCAGGUACGCUGCUCAGAUUGAGGCAAUGUACCACAACCUUAAGUAGACACAAGGUGGGUUCGAUCGAAUGUCCAAUUAUCUCGUGUGAUUCAUUGAUCGAAGAGUUAAUACGGUAGGCCGAUAGCUGACUUGUUAAUGAAAACGGCGCUGGAGAUCCUGUUGCAAUUUCGAAGCACGGUGGCGAUGACCACAAUAAAAAUCCUGAAGAUAAAUAUGACAAAAAUAUCGGUAUAUCGGAUCUGCGCAGACUGUGGGCAUUUGAGCAAGUUCGUCUGGUCCUCGGAAACGGCGGAAAGGCGGUGGGGCUCUUCAAACGGUAGAAGGCGAAUUGUGAAAUAAAGAGCACCCAACAGGACAUUCACCCCAGUGCUUCCUCCUCUCUGUUGACCGUUUGUUUGAUCAAACAGCAUUUGGAAAGAAUAGACCUGAUGUCGGAAAGAACUUCAUCGACUGUGAUAUACUGCAUGCAGCUCGUACGAAGAAAAAUAUAUCUUACUAUUACUAAUUGUUGUAGAGGACAGACAAUCUUACGAUGGAAUAUCAACAGACCGAGAAAGCGAUUGGCCGAGACCACACGUUAGCGAUAUUACAAGACCAGAAAAAGACAUCUGGAAAAAUUCAAUUGCAAAGCGACAUAACUGCACAUAGGAACAAGGAGAAAACGUUUCCAACGCAAACAGUAAUAGGUGAGACCACAUUCCAGCUAAUCGGCGUACGAAAUUUACACUAUACAAGCGAAGAGCGAUGGACAGAGAUAGCCUUCACUUUAAUAG